AAAUUUCACGCGUGUAGUAAACAUCAGUUUUGAACUUACCACAGAAUGAAAUACACUUUCGGUUUUUGUUGUUUUACAUGUACUGUACAGAUACAUGGACGCAAGAGGUUGUACAACGCUGCCAGCUAUAUCACGAGGACCUACAAUAACAUAAUGCCACGGGCCAUUUAACGGCUGCACUUACCUGACUUGGCACAAUUCUCUCGGUUUUUGGGAUGUCCUGAGCGGUAUAUUUUUAUUUUCCCGAUCCUGACCCUCGAUAUCGGAAAAUGACUUGGAGCAGGGAGUUUUUAUGGGGAAUAUGCCUUACCACCAUGGUGAUGGUGGUAGUUCAGUCUUUACAGCCACUUCCUCAGGAAAGCCUCGACUGGUGCGCGAACAGCAAUGUGACGUCCAGUACGUCGGCACCGCCAUCCGUGCCCACAUCUUUCCAACUGGCACCUUUUCCCACCUUCAACUGUCAACCCAUGAAGCAGGAAGAGUGCGAUAACAUGGCCUUUCUUAUGAUCCCCGAAUGUGUGGGUUCGUCCGUGGUGGACCUGAAUUUCAAGCACCCCAACCGCAGCCAAAGCUCGUUAAUUUUCCGCAACAUCAGCCUGGGCAUGGCCACGGUCCGGGCGGAUCGCGCAGUCCGGCUGGGCAUGUACGACACCUACCUCACGAUGACCAAGAUGGCGGUGGCCGUGGACUACCACUUCCUCCCGGAGGGUAUGUUCAUCCACCAGGCUCUGGAUCCCAUCCGCCGCAACAUUAUCGAAUUCACCAUGUACAACUGCCACUAUCGCUGUACCGGCAAAAUGCCGACACUGAAUUUCACCAGUCUCUUGAGCUUCACCAUCGAUAAAUGCGACUACAGUUACCGGAAACCGCUAACGGUGCACCGCGAUGAUUUUGCCCAGAAUCUCCGUCUGCGCUCCAUCGUCUUCAGUGAAUGCGUCACGAUGGAGCUGGAGCCGUAUACCUUCACGCACAUCCCGGAUCUGCGCUUACUGGCACUGGAGAAGAAUUUUUUUCUCUCUUCCUGGAUGGACGAAAAGGCUGCUCGCGAUCAACAGUUGCGACUGCGGCAUUGUGAUUGCGAAUACGCCUGGUUGCGGGAUCUCUUCCGGGUUAAUCCCGGACUGAUUGCACCGAAAAGCGCCGGCCAGUUGUAUGAAAUGUGCCAAGCCGUUAGUCCGGCGAUAACGAGAGAAGAGAUCUUCAUACCGAUUGACUGCAAGAAUCCGAAGCUUCCUCAGGACAAGAAUCAAGUGGCCUGGACGGAGACGCGCAUUUUCUCAAACGAUGCAUCCCAAAAACGGUUCCCCUCAUUGUUUUUAGUUUUUGGUGUUGUUUUUUACCUGACGGUUUGACAAAUGCAUGCAUGUUCUUAUUUAUGAUCUUAUUUGAUGCAGGCCAGUCCGGGUAUCCAAAGUUGCCCAGACUGUAAACAUGUGCUCAUUCUAAAUCUCUCUGCAUUUUCAAUCAUACAGAGUUAUGAUUGUUGUUGUUAUUGUUAUAAUUACUGUCACUUCUGUGUCUUGUCAGGGCUUCCGGUUUUUGUCCUAAUCUAAGCACUACUUUUAUUCAAACCGUUCUUGUGCGGCAUAUCAUCCAUGCCUUUUUAUCCAACAUUUUGCUCUCGCCUUUUAAGAUGGUGGAUAAAAAGAGCAGAUUGACAAAUAAACAGAU